AUGAGUAACUCGUUCGCCCGCGACCAUUGCAAAAUCGCAAUGUCGAAGAUUUUGCAAACCAUCGGAUGGCACUCCAUCAAUUCGACCCCGCUGGAGGUGCUCACCGACUUGCUCGUUACUUAUUUGAAGCAAGUCACCCAACUUACGAGCGAAUACGCUACCGAAUUCGGCAACACCGAGGCAAAUCUGGAUCAUCUCGGAUUGGCAUUUAGAGAAAUGGGCAUAAACUUGGCCGAUCUAGAUGAAUAUGUAACGUACGUUAAUUUUUGCCCUUCGGCUUUGCCAGUUCCGAAAUUUCCAGUACACAAAGAAGAUAAUCUGAAUUUUUUGAAACCGGGAAGCCAGGAAGUCGUAAUGAGGCCGGUGCACAUCCACGAGCAUUUGCCUCCGAUGCAUCCGCUAUUGGAAACCGAAAGCGAAUCCAAAGCGGAGGAAAAGGAACAGAUCAAGGAAGAGGUAAUCGAUGAAACUCCCGCUCCGAGCGUUCACCAAUUCAAAAAACCCACCGAUAUAUCGCCCGAGUUCAGGCGCUUGAAGCGCGACGAUGAAAGUUCUCGACCCACUCGAGAACUAAGCAGCGUAAUGAUGACUACCUCGGGCUUUUUGUCCCCCGCUCGCGAAGGGAAACUUCCCGAAGCGAAAGCCCCUUUACCGCCGCCACCUCCUGAACCCGUAUUGCCCCCGAUGACGCAGACUCCUCUACUGGCCGCGCCGGCCGCUUCGCAUUCGGAGCCCCCCGUCAAGAAGAAAGCGGAGAAACGCGAGAGGAAAACCAACAAAGAUCUAUUCAAGCCCACUCCCGAGGAGAAAUUGCUGAAGAAGAACGCCAUGAAGGAGGUGGCGAAGAUGAAGCAAAAGGCCGCCGCCGCGGCCGCCGCAGCGGCGGCGGCGGCUAACGACGCGAAUCUACCGCAGAAUUUGUCUUCGCAACUGCCCCUCUCGUUCCUUCAAUCGCCUAAAAUGAACGAAUUAAAAGUUAGCCCCGUGCCGCCUUAUAAAAUGCUCCACGAUAGCUCUGACAAAGUUUUGGCCGCCGCUAAAGCCAAAACCGAGAAAUUAAAUACGACCAUUACGCCUAUACCGUCGAAAUCGCAGAAUUUAUCCGGCCUGCCGAUGCCCACGCAACACGUCGAGAAGUUGUACAACGAACCGGACCGGCAAAAAAUCAACAUACUAAGGAAAAUUUCGAACGUCAAGGAGAACAAGAAGAAAGACCAACGACCGGGUUCCAGCAACAUGGUUAUGGACGAGUCCACGGACAUUGUGAACAAGAUAAAUCUACCUAGCGACAUUACCAUAGAGCCGUUGUACUUCGACGAUGGUUCACCGCCCGGUACGCCUUCCACGCCUAGAACGCCGGAGAUAACGAUGCACCAAAGCCCUCCGAUUCAAAAGGAGAAGAGAAAACGCAAGGAAAACAAGAACAAAGUGAAACGUCCGAAGAAAUCGCAACAGCCCCAUUUGAAUUUCACCCAAUCGGAGGUUCUGGACAUCAUCGCGAACAGACCGAAAACGCCCGAACCGCAUUUGAAUCACAUACGACCGCCGAUUCCACCGCACAUGGGCCUGCCGUUCCCGUUUCUGCCGAAUUUCGGCGGCCCGGGGCUGAUCCCGUCGCAGAUCAACCCGAUGUUUCCGUUCGCGCAUUUGGGAAACUUGCCCAACUUCGGCAAGAACCCGUAUUUCCCCUCCGGAUUGCCCAAUAUGCCGCCGCAAAUGGAACCCGCACCUCCAACGCCUAAGGUAAAAGAACCGAAGGAAAUAUCCCCGGCCGAAGUGAAACCGGUCGAUAACGUGGCUACGCAACCGUCCAAUCAACCACACGCGCCACUACCAGACGCCCUUUUCAGCCCCUCUAACUUACAAUCUAAACCGUUCAUGCCUCUGGACGCCACCCCGAAGAAGAGCAAAGAGCACAAGAAAGAAAAGAAGGACAAAAUCAAGAAGAAGAACAAGAAAGACAAGGUGAAAGAAAAGGGCGAGAAGAAGAAGGUAAAAGAACCGAAAAAGGAAGGCAAGGAAAAAAUCAAAAAAGAGAAGAAAAUCAAAAAGAAAGACAAGCUCGACAAAGAAGAGAGGCUGCCGGAGAAUCCGAUCAUACCGAAGAUCCUGCUCAAAGUCAAUUCACCCUCGCCGAGGCCCGAAACUCCCGACAUCAACAGAAAACUGAACAUCAAACCCGUCGUUAAGAAGGACGACGACGACGAGGACAGGGAGCGGAAGCCGCGCGACCCGUCGCCCGGCGGCCUCGCGAAAUUCUCCCCGUUGGUGACCGGCCCGCCGAAGACCAAGACCCUGUCGCCGCUGCCGCCGGCCGACAAGCACCCGGCGGAGGAGGCGCCGCCGGCGCCGCAGACGCCGCGCACGCCCGGCCGCCCCCGCUUGCAUCCGCUCAAGCCGAAGGCGCCGCCGAAGCCGAAGAAGGUCGAGCAGCAGCCGUUCAAGAAGAUCGACGAGCAGGGCAACGAGGUGUGGAUAUGCCCGUCGUGCGGCGUGCAGGACGACGGCCGGCCGAUGAUCGGGUGCGACGGGUGCGACGCCUGGUACCAUUGGGUGUGCGUGGGCAUCCAGGUGCCGCCCGACGAGAACGAGAACUGGUACUGCAAGCCGUGCUUGGCCAGGAAGAACGAGGACCUGCAGUCGGAUAAGAAGAGGAAGAGGAAACGGAAGGAGAAGAAGGAACAUUGA